AUGGCAGAUGAAAAAACUCAUUCAUUGAAUAUCUUGAGCACAAGCAUCGAUAUUUCACUGCUUGAUUAUGUUCAAAAAUUAAUUAUAUUGCCAGAAUUAACAGAUGAAAUGUGGACAAAUGAUCGAUUAACUAUUCUAGAAAAUUAUCUUUCAUCGAAUCAACAACGUGUUCUUAUUGCUUAUGUCGAUCGACGUACUGCAUCGUUGCAACUUCUUCAUUCGAUUUCAUCUACUGGUAUUUCAGUUAAUAUUAUUUAUAAUUUAUGUUAUCUUAUUCGUAAAAUUGAUUCAUCAGAUUGUAUUAUAUCAAUUGAUGAAUUUCUUAAACAGAUUCAAUUUGGAUGUGUUAAUGGAAAAUCAAUUCCAUGUUUAACAGCAUUUGUAUCAACACUAUUUGGACCAUUAUUUAUGGAUAAUACAACAGUACAAGAUAGUAUUGAACUCAAUCAAUUUUUAGCAACAUUCUAUGAAAUGCAAUAUAAAAAGAUGUCAUCGAUGACAUAUUUAUUUAUUCCAAAAGAUGGUAUUGAUAAAACAAUUGAAGAACUAAUUAAAGACAAAGCACUUGUUGCAAGAUUUGAAAGUGUUAUGCUCAAAUGGCAUCAUCAAUUGAAAGAUGUACUUCUCAUUCAAGAUCGUUUAAUGAGUAUAAAUGAGCAAUCAAUUGGUAUUCAUGAAGAAAUAAAUUUUUGGCAAGAAUGUCUUACAGAUCUUCAUCAUAUUCGAAAACAAUUACAAAGAACUGAAUUACAAAAUAUAAUUCAAGUAUUAAUCUUGUCCAAAUCUGCUUAUAUUCAACAAUUUUUACAAGCUGAAAAAGAAGUUCAAAUUUGUGAAUGUAUGAAACUUUUUGGAUGGUAUCGAGAUAAUAAAAAAGAAAGUUUACCACUCUUUGCUGGUAUUCAAGGUGAUGAACAUCAACAUACACUCGAAAAUAGUCAACAAGCAUUCGAUCGAGCAUUAAUUCUUUUAAAACGUUAUUCGAAAUAUAUGCUUGAUAUUUCUACUCAUGCUCAUUCUAUAUGGUCUCGAGAAUUGAAACGAUUUUUGGAAUCUGUCCAUGAAAUUGAAUUAAUUAUCGUUAAAUUAAUCAAUGAAGCAAUGAUAAAAGCAAUAACUAUAGAACAAAUAAUUGAUAUUCUAGAAAUCUUUGUUAAUUUUCAAUCACGAACUACUAUCAAUCAUAUUCUUAUUGAUAAAACUCGUGAUAUUUAUCGUCUAUUUCUUUCUCAAAUCGAAGAUACUCAUGCUCAAAUCGCUUCUCAUCAAACAUUAGAUGAUAUAAAAAAUGCUAGAAUUUUUUUCGAUUUAUUUCUUCCACGUUAUCCAGCUAAAGCCAUGUGGAUUCAUAAUUUAAUUGAACGUAUUACAAAAAAUUAUCGUCUUAUUAAUGAAUCAUCCAAUUUACCAUAUGUUAUACAAAAAAAUGAAAUAAAAUUAGCUUAUGAUAAAUUAUUAAUAUUUGCUGAUAAUAUAGAAAAACGUAUCUAUCAAGAAUGGUGGACAAUAUCAAGUGAAUUACAACCAAAAAAAUUAUUAUUAAAACCAUUUUUAAAAGAAAAUAAUGAAAAAAAAUAUUUAAUUGAUGUUUAUUUUGAUCCACAUAUAAUUAUUGCAUUAAAUGAAAGUUUAUGGUGGAUUAGAUUACAUUAUGAAAUACCGUAUUCAUUAACUGAUGUUUAUAAUACAAGAAAAUCAUUUCGACAAAUGAGAGAAGAAACAAAUGGAUUUAUUCGAAAAUUUGAUAAAGCGAUUGAUUCUCUUAAUGAUCAAGAAAUAUGUUUAUUUGAAGAACGUAUUCGAAUGGUUUUAAAAAAAUUACAGCCAGGUUUUCUUGGUAAAGUAAAUUAUAUCGAAGAACAUACAUUUCAUGAUUUUGCUAUUGAAGCAAAUCGUAUUAUUGAUCAGUUAAUUGAUAUGGUUACAUCAUUCAAAGAAAAUUAUGUUAAAUGUUGUGCUAAAUGUGUUACGAUUAGUCAACAAUUAUUUAUUAAAAUUGAUUCUGGUAUUAUUUUUAAUUAUACAACAUUUUCUGAUUUACUUAAAUCGAUUAAUCGUGUAAGUCAAGAUCUUAUUAAUGAAAUGUAUGAAGAAAUUACAGUUGGAAUUCGUAUUCAACAGAUGAUAUUCAAAGAUGAUUCAGAUAAAAUUCUUCAAUGUUGGGAUCAUUGGUUAAGUUCAAUUGAUUGUAUGUUUGAAAAAGCUCUUCUCAUUAAUAUAACCAAUUCGCUCGAACAACUAUCCUAUAUAAUCAAUGGUGAUAUUCAAACAAAACCAACACCAUUUCUUAAUAUUGAACUUUGUUUAAAUACAGUCGAAACAACAACUGGAAGUAUCAAAUACGUGUUGGAUUUUCGACCAUCACUUGAACAAUUAUCUGAAACUUUAAGUUCAGUCAGCAAAAUUCAAUUAACUGAAUCCAUUAAAAAUUUCGUACGUUUAUGUGAUCUAUUUUCUUAUCAUUCGUUUCAAAGAGAAUCUUAUUAUAUUGUGAUUGAUAAUUAUCCAUUAAAACAAAAGUUAGAAAAUAAAAUUGCUUUAGGUAUAACAAAUUGUAUAUCAGAAAUAGAAAAAUAUAUCGAAAAUAAUUGGUUUCAUUUUCGUCAAUUAUGGGAAGUUGAUAAAGAAAGUUUUAUAGCUGUUUAUGAAUCUGAAAAUACUGAUUUACAAGGUUUAGAAGCUGAUAUAGCUCGUUAUACAGAAUUAGCUAAUAAUAUAAAUAAUCAAGAUACCAUUGUUAAUAUACAUAUGAUACAAAUCGAUUGUACAUCAUUUAAAGUAUCAUUAGUACAAAUUUGUCAUGAAUGGCAACAAAGUUUAAUACGCAUUGUAUUAAUUCGAUUAGAGAAAGAUCUUCAGAUGAUAUCGACAUUAAUUAAAAAUAAUACAGAAAAAGUAAAUAUUCUUCCGAAAACUUAUGCUGAAAUUCCAAUCUAUCAAGAAUUUAUCGAUGAACUUAAAGCAGAUGUAUUAAGAAUUGAAGCUAAAUUACCUUUAAUUAAUGAAGAAGUUGCUUUAUUACUUCGAUAUGAAAUUGAAAUUGAUCCUAAAGUUCAACAACAUCGUUUAUUAUCUCGUCUUUGGGAUAAUUAUAAAACAUUCCUUGACGAAUCAAUAGCUUCUUUUAAACGUGUCAAAGAAGCUUUUAAAAUUCAAUUACAAAAAGAACAAGAAAAAAAUCUCAAUGAAAUACUUGAAUUACAAAAAUAUUUUAAAAUUACUGGUCCACAUCAAGCAGAUAUAUCUGUAUCAAUGGCUUUAAAUAAAUGUGAACAAAUCGAAGAACAAAUUGAACAAAUGGAAAAUGAUGAAAAACGUUUGAAAAUUGCUUAUCGUAUAUUUAAUUUAGAUAUGAUUGUUUCUAAAGAAUUACAAAAUUUAAAAAAGGAUAUUGAUAUACUUAAAUCAAUUUGGUUAUUAGCUAAAGAAUAUGAAGAAAUGCUAAAUAAAUGGAAAACAACAGAAUUCUAUCAAUUAAAUAUUAAUGAAUUAAAUGAUUUUGCUCAAAAUCAAUAUAAAAAAUUACUUAAAAUGUCAAGAGAAUAUAAAGAAAAAGAUUGGAAAAUUCUUGAUUCACUUCGUGAUCGUAUUGAUACAUUUCGUCGUAUAUUACCUUUAAUUGAAUCAUUACAUAAUCCACAUAUGCGUUCUCGUCACUGGGAACAAAUAAAAUAUGAAACAGAAAAAAUUUUUGAAUAUAAAUCAAAUAAAUUCACACUGGAACAAAUUCUUGAUUUACAUUUUGAAGAAAAUAUUCAAUUGAUUACUGAAAUAUCAGAAAAUGCAUCAAAAGAAUAUUCAAUCGAACGAAUAUUAGAAAGAAUUGUUCAAAUAUGGAAUGAUAUGAAUUUCCAAACAACAAUACAUAAAUCGAAUGUUUUUAAAAUAAAAGCUCCUGAUGAGAUUAUUCAAUAUGUUGAAGAACAUACAGCUCAAAUAUCAACAAUAAAAGGCACACGUCAUGUGAAACCAUUUCAAACAGAAGUUGAUUAUUGGGAAAAAUCAAUAGCACAAAUAUCCGAAUUAUGUGAUGGUUUAUUUAAUGUUCAGCGACAAUGGUUAUAUAUGGAAGGGAUAUUUACUUCUGAUGAUGUUCAACGACAAUUAUCACGUGAAACAACUGAAUUUAAAUAUAUUAAUAUGAUUUGGCAAGAUGAAAUUAUAGCUAAAAUUCGUGAAAAUUCCAAUGCUUUAUAUGUUGCAACAAAAUUGAAUUUAUUUGAUAAAAUACAAAGUUUAUUAAAAUAUUUAGAAAAUAUUCAAAAGAAAAUGGAAGAUUAUUUGGAAACAAAACGUGCAAUAUUUCCACGUUUUUAUUUUAUAUCAAAUGAAGAAUUAGUUGAAAUUCUUAGUCUUUCACGUCAACCGGAUCUUAUUCAAAUACAUUUAAAAAAACUUUUUGAUAAUAUUAAACAUUUACGUUUAUUAAUUAAAAAAACAAUUCUAGCUAAUGGAAUUCAAUCAAAUGAAGAUGAACAAAUUAAUUUAAUAUCAACAUUAUCUUUAGAAGGUAAUGUUGAAAAUUGGCUUAAAGAUUUAGAAAUAAAAAUGCAAAUUACUGUACGUGAAUAUUUAAAAAAUUCUUUAUCAGCACUUAAAUUACAAUUAAAAAAACGUGAUAAAUGGAUUAAAGAUUGGCCUAGUCAAUGUUGUGUAACUGCGAGUGAAAUUGAAUGGACAUCAGCAACAACAAAAGCUUUAAUGAUAUGUCAAGCUGAUGGAAGUUUAAAACCAUUAAAAAAAUUAUUUCAUUCUCAAGUAAGUAUCACUAGGUAUUUUACAAAUAAAUCUAUUGAUUUUUCAAAGAGACAAGUAAAACUAGAUUAA